ACUCUACACCGUCCAAUUAAAAGAGAGAGAAACCCCAAUCAAUUCUGUCUUUUUACCUGUAAUCAUACACACCUUAAAAUUCAUGCUUAACACGGACAGGAAUUAAUAUAUAAAAGAUUUAUAUGACUUGGAGCAGAAUAACAAGGAUCAUUGAUUUCAAUUCCCUGUCGGGAUACCAGUAAAGUCGGGAUAUUUAUUUCUUGAAUGGAUUAUGAAGCCAGAAACUUUGGAACAACAAUAACUAAAACCCGGAAAUAAAGACAAAACACAAAAAUGAAAAAGUUUAGAAUACGUAACCCGUUUAGCAACCUUGAACUAUCGGAUUUUAACAAUGGAAUACAACACCUGAUAAAAUAUAUAUUUGGCUUAGACGAUGAUGAAACUGAAAAUAAUGAAGCUCUUCUUCCACAACACGACAAGAAUGGAAACAAAGAAAUACAUCAGAGUACAAAGGUUUACUGUGAACAACACUUGAUGGAUGGAAGAGUGUUUCUAUCUUUAACUGACGAAAAUGGCCAACCAGCACUUCCGGUCACGGACUUAAAUAAUCCGAAACAAGUUAUGUUAGUGAUGCAGUCUUUAAAGCCUCAGAAUGGAACAAACGGUCACAAUCAGAAUGGCAGUAAGAACGAACUAGUUGAAAGUGAAAGUGCUAUAGUUUCUGGCAAAAAUGGCCAUGCAAAUGGAUAUACAAACGGCUACAAAAAUGGCCACACAAACGGGCAUUCAGUGCAGUUUAUCGAAAUUGUGCCUGGUAUUAAAGGAAGAAAAAACAACGGAAAACUGGACCAAGAAAUGUGGAAAUUCGGCCUUGCAGCUAUUUAUGUACUUUUCGUCCAUUUCUUUUCGACAUUUUGUAUCGUAGUAGCUCAAUCGCGUUUGCCUGAUAAAAAAAAAUUUAGACCUCUUCCAGACUUGUUAUUAGACAAUGUUCCAUACAUACCAUGGGCAUAUCGAGUUACAGAAGGAAUUAUUUAUUCCUUAUUUCUUAUUGGAAUUAUACUGAUGAUACUCCAUAAGAAUAGAUUCAUAGCAUUAAGAAGAGGUUUAUUCAUUAGCGGAACAGUGUACUUCAUACGUGCCAUAUGCAUAGUGAUGACAAAUCUGCCCAUGCCACAAGAAAAGUACAACUGUGACAGAUUGGAAUUUACAAACAACUGGGCGAAGUUAAGAAGAGCAUUGAUAAUUUACCUCGGAAUGGGAAUGAAAGUGACCGGAAUGAAGACCUGUGGAGAUUACAUGUUUAGUGGUCAUACUCUUAUUAUAACCUUGCUGAUACUAUAUAUUAACCAAUAUACACCCCAGAGAUGGUACUUUUUUCAUAUAUUUAUAUGGAUUUUAGGUUUAACAGGAAUUAGUUUCAUAUUCCUAAGCCAUGGACAUUAUUCAAUAGACGUAAUAGUAGCAUUCUUUAUAGCGUCUAAAAUGUUUGUUGCACAUCACGUGAUAGGUGAUAACAUGAGCCUGAUAAAACGAAGACAUGGAUUAUUAAGAAAGUGGUUUCCUAUAGUGAAUAUAUCGGAACACAAUAGUCAAGGAAUCAUUCCAAAUGAAUAUGAAUGGCCCUUUCCAUCUUUAACAAGAAUCAAAAGGAUCUUUCGAGGAAAAAGCCUUACAGAGUAUAUUGUAGAAAUAUAAUUGGUUGUAAUUUAUUUAGAGAUUAAGCAAAAUUCAAUGCACUUUUUAAACAUGUCACCCUUCCAUUCAUAACUAAAUUUGUAUAAUUAAAAUGUAUUUAUCAUUGAAUUUGUCAGAAGCUUUAAUACCCAUGCACUUUUAAUUCCCUCCAUAUUUUCUGCUGCAUUGUUUUACAGUUAAAAAUUGCACUUAACAUCGAAAUAGUUUCAAGUUUAUUUUUUACAGGAACUUGCUUCCUUGCGUGUAGUAAUGACAACUAAAUUUCGAUAUGCCUUCCAUUCAAAAGCGGACGAAUACAGACAUUAUUAAAUAAGAAAUCGAAAAUAUUCAUCAAAAGUCGAAAAUAACCUAAUAGGUGACACUAGAAAGGAAUUUCAAACAGAAAAGAGCAAAUGAGUUAUUUUCAUCAUCUUAUUGUUGGAUAGGCUCGUCGAUAAAUAAGUAUGAUUUUCAAAACAAGAUUAUUCAUUUGGAUGUAAAAGGAGAGAGAUAUAUACACGAAUGAUUAAAAUCAUUUAAUUCUAUGUAAUUGGAGGGUACAAUUUAUGUAGGACUCUAGACAAUCUAUGACGAACAUCAAGUUUCCCAAACAAGUGUUCUGAGAUAUGUACGAAAAAACGAUGGUCCGAUGGUUCUGGAGGUGAACGGAGGUUAUUCAUAUAUAUAUAUAUACUUAUGCUUAUAAACAAUCAUUAUUUAGACAAUCACAUUACGAUUUUAGUAGCAUUUUUACAUGAUGUCUAUGUUACACAAAUAGACAAUCACCACUGCGAUUUAGUAGCAUUUCAACAUAAUAUCUAUGACGAACGCCUUUGCCUUUUACUGGUGUUCUGAACUUAUUAUGCAUGUAGAAUAAACGUUUCAUCAUGAGAAAUAUGACGAACGUCAUUUUGCCGAUAACUGACGAUCUGAGAUGAUGAUACAUACACAUGUAUGCCGAUAACUGACGAUCUGAGAUGAUGAUACAUACACAUGUAUGCCGAUAACUGACGAUCUGAGAUGAUGAUACAUACACAUGUAUGUAUAAAAUGAAAAUCGCUUGCUUUUGUAUUAUGAGAAUCUAUGACAAAUCACAUUAUUUGUAUAAGUCUGAUUUUGAGGUUCCAUAUUAAUCGUUUUCACGAUUAUCAUAUUUAACAUAUUAUGUUAAUUAAAUCGUUAUUUUGUGACCUUCAUCUCAUAAUUUACAUUAUUGAAUUUAAGGUAUUAUGAUACAUGUGUUUUCAUUUUAUUUACAUAUCACGCAUUUAUUAUUUAUUGUUUGUUUACUUAUGUUUAUGUUUAUGUUAUUUAGAUUUUUGGGUUUUAAGCCAUGGUCAGAAACUAUGACGAAUUGUUUGGUUGCAAACACUGAAAAUUCUGACGUUUCGGUAGACGGGCAAAAGACGUUUGUGCUUUUUUUGUGUGUACUUGCAUUGGUGUUAUGUAAAUCAGUCACGUUUUAAUCAGUUUGUUUGUUUGGUUAAUCUGCUAUUGAAAGAACAUGUGAUAAGCAAACUAUGCAAUGUUUUCGGUUUAAGUAUUAUAAGAUGUUGUUUCAGACUCAAUUGAUUGUUAUGAAGCGACCAUCUUUUUGAUGAAUCAAAUGAAGAAAUGCAGGUCAUGGAUAAUAAGUCUGACAGUUGUUCAAAACUUUUUGUUGCCAAAAAUAGUUAAACUGCAGCGGGACCAGAAAAUGAUUCAAAGAGAUUCUGAACGAAACAAAAUGCACCGUAAAUUUCAAACGCCUGUGUUUCCAUGGAAUAUAUAUAUAUCGUUUUUGAAUUUUUUUGAAAUACUUCCAUAAUGUUUUUCAUCGGUCAUAAGGUUUUGACCAACACAGAAAUUUGACCAGCGAUUUUAGACUAUCCCAGAUACAUAGAUUUCUUAAAUAUUCAAAAUAUAUUUUCUUUAAAAUUUUGGUACUAUAACACUGUAAGCAGAUAUCCAUUAUACUUACAUAUCAAGAAUUACGAUUUUCUGAUACUUAUGUUACAUUGUUUAUUAUAUUUAUAAAUGGUUAUUGAAUGUAAAAAAAGAUAUGAUGAGCAUCAAUAUCAAUUAGAAUAUGGCUGUUGGCAUCAAUUCUAUUGUUUGUUAAUUAAUGUCAAAUAAAAAAAAUAAGAUGCUACUUAAGCUAAA